ACCAAAUGUAUGAUAUCUCCAACCGCCUACCAACCGCCGCGGUCUGCAUCUCAUACUCUGUUACCAUCGUCGGUGGGGCGGGCCUCUGCCCUUCAAACAUCUCUCAGCUUUCUUGAAUAUUGUACUUGCGCCUGCGGAAGACUCAUCCAAGUCGAUGGACGGGCAUGGCAAGGUGCCGCAGGAUGUAGUCGCUAUAUUUCACGCUGCAUUCCAUCCUACUCAAGGAAAUGUCAUAGACUGGUCUCUCAAGGCUACCGACGAUGUAGACCUGAACCAUGUAGAAUAUAGCUGCCUUCCGAGCGGACUGCAUCUUAUGGAACGCGAUGUUGUGUACUUCACGAAAGACGACCACCAUGGUGUCUGUGUAUUCCACCGUGAGCAGACUGCGGAGGAAGGGCAUCGCGGCUACCGCCUGUCCUCGCUUGGCAUCCUGCUCGCUCAAUCCUCUCGCCCACGACCAUGGCUCCACGUCCCUGCGCUCAAGUCUCUGUUCGGCACUGUUUUCGCUUCCCUCGACGCCGUGAUCCCUCUCGAGCGCAAUUGGGACCCCGCGCGCGCAUUCUUCGAGGAGCGCAAGGUGCGCCAGCCGGACAUGGGCGGUGCAGGUGUCUGGGGCGGCUGGGGCGCCGAACUCGAGGGGGACGGUGCAGCACUCGACACGGACCCCACGAUCCACCUUCCGCACCUGCUGCGCAUACUCGGGCCCUCGUCGCUCACGCUCUACAAACACGUCCUCGGACGCCGACGAAUACUCAUAUAUACCCUCCCGCCAGUCGAGGCGGCGUGCAUCCUCUGCCAGGUCGCUGCGGACAUAUGUUACCAGUGUCAGGCAGGAGAUGUCGAUGCGCCGACUGACGACGACGAUACCCAAGCGGCGCCGAGAUUGAAGGGGAAGGGCGUGAAGGUGCUCGGCAUGGUCACGCUGAACGACGUGUCGAAGCUCGAGGAGGAGAGCAAGUCCGGGCGUGGAUGGAUUGCAUGCACGACGGAUGCGAUCUUCCUCGAGAAGCCCUCCUGCUACGAUCUCCUCAUUGAUCUCCGGACGUCGACGCCGAAUACCCGACCCACGUUCUAUGUAACAAAAUCUUGUGACCAGUCAGGAUCGAAGGCGCCUUCGCAUCGCCUCUCAGUGGUGCGCUUUACUUGGAGCGACGUCAAGCUGUGGACCGAGAUUGACCGAUUGCUACGCAUCGACGCAGGGGAGCCCUCAGACGACUGCUGUGACCCGUCCUCAAGUAGCGGAAAGCCACGCGCAAGUACCAGCUCCUGGACAGACAUCUGGCGCGUGUACGAAGACGUCUGCGUCGUGUGUGCGGGUCUCUGGAUGGGUUCCUGGCGAGGAACUCCGCCUUAUCCCUAUAGCUCCAGCAACUGGGGUAGCCUCCGUCUUGAGGGUGACGACGCGCUAUCACUGCGCUCGCCGAAGCCCUACGUCCGCACGCUCGGCAUGGGCAUCGAGGGCCGUACCGCUGAGGCGUCGACGUCCACGACCCGCUCGCUGCGCGGAAUCGCCAGGAACAGCGGCAUGUCGGUGCUGACGUGGGCAAACAGCAGGGGCGACGCCCAGUCAGCAAGCGCAAGCUUAUCGGCUGUCUCUGCCAGCCAGCUCAAGGACUCUGCGAUGGUCGCUCACUUCGAGGGAGACGAGAGUCGGCACGCGCGGCAGGUCGUCACCACGCUCGCCCUCCUCCAGACAUUCCAUACCAACACCUCGACCAUGCUCGCCCGCCUAGCCGAGCUCGUCCCCCAAAGACGUGCGCAAGCCCGAGGGGACACCGGUAGCCCUAUAGACGCAGUGGUCUUAACGCCGAAAGAUGUCAUGUCAUUCGAGCUAGGCCCGUUCAGCGGGCUUGACGCUAGAUUCAUAGAGUGGCUGGGGGAAGAGUACGGGGAUGGGUCGAAAGUCUUCGUGCGACGUAGCUGGCGGGAUCUCGUUGGACUCAUCUUCGGACUUGGUUAGACUGGAUUUCCGGAACUUGCGAUGAGCAUAAAUGGUACGGACAUGUAUGCAUCUAUUAGUAUGAAUGUUGUUCUACAUAUGCGUUAUUCCUAUAUCAUUUGUGACUCCGACAACGUCUCAGACUCUCAGUGCGAAGCACUUGUUAACGAAAACACAUGCACACC